AUGCAGGGCUCACAGGGAAGAUGUGGCGUGAGUCAUGCAGGGCUCACAGGGAAGAUGUGGCGCGAGUCAUGCAGGGCUCACAGGGAAGAUGUGGCGCGAGUCAUGCAGGGCUCACAGGGAAGAUGUGGCGCGAGUCAUGCAGGGCUCACAGGGAAGAUGUGGCGCGAGUCAUGCAGGGCUCACAGGGAAGAUGUGGCGCGAGUCAUGCAGGGCUCACAGGGAAGAUGUGGCGCGAGUCAUGCAGGGCUCACAGGGAAGAUGUGGCGCGAGUCAUGCAGGGCUCACAGGGAAGAUGUGGCGCGAGUCAUGCAGGGCUCACAGGGAAGAUGUGGCGUGAGUCAUGCAGGGCUCACAGGGAAGAUGUGGCGUGAGUCAUGCAGGGCUCACAGGGAAGAUGUGGCGCGAGUCAUGCAGGGCUCACAGGGAAGAUGUGGCGCGAGUCAUGCAGGGCUCACAGGGAAGAUGUGGCGCGAGUCAUGCAGGGCUCACAGGGAAGAUGUGGCGCGAGUCAUGCAGGGCUCACAGGGAAGAUGUGGCGCGAGUCAUGCAGGGCUCACAGGGAAGAUGUGGCGCGAGUCAUGCAGGGCUCACAGGGAAGAUGUGGCGCGAGUCAUGCAGGGCUCACAGGGAAGAUGUGGCGCGAGUCAUGCAGGGCUCACAGGGAAGAUGUGGCGCGAGUCAUGCAGGGCCCACAGGGAAGAUGUGGCGCGAGUCAUGCAGGGCUCACAGGGAAGAUGUGGCGCGAGUCAUGCAGGGCUCACAGGGAAGAUGUGGCGCGAGUCAUGCAGGGCUCACAGGGAAGAUGUGGCGCGAGUCAUGCAGGGCUCACAGGGAAGAUGUGGCGCGAGUCAUGCAGGGCUCACAGGGAAGAUGUGGCGCGAGUCAUGCAGGGCUCACAGGGAAGAUGUGGCGCGAGUCAUGCAGGGCUCACAGGGAAGAUGUGGCGCGAGUCAUGCAGGGCUCACAGGGAAGAUGUGGCGCGAGUCAUGCAGGGCUCACAGGGAAGAUGUGGCGCGAGUCAUGCAGGGCUCACAGGGAAGAUGUGGCGCGAGUCAUGCAGGGCUCACAGGGAAGAUGUGGCGCGAGUCAUGCAGGGCUCACAGGGAAGAUGUGGCGCGAGUCAUGCAGGGCUCACAGGGAAGAUGUGGCGCGAGUCAUGCAGGGCCCACAGGGAAGAUGUGGCGCGAGUCAUGCAGGGCUCACAGGGAAGAUGUGGCGCGAGUCAUGCAGGGCUCACAGGGAAGAUGUGGCGCGAGUCAUGCAGGGCUCACAGGGAAGAUGUGGCGCGAGUCAUGCAGGGCUCACAGGGAAGAUGUGGCGCGAGUCAUGCAGGGCUCACAGGGAAGAUGUGGCGCGAGUCAUGCAGGGCUCACAGGGAAGAUGUGGCGCGAGUCAUGCAGGGCUCACAGGGAAGAUGUGGCGCGAGUCAUGCAGGGCUCACAGGGAAGAUGUGGCACGAGUCAUGCAGGGCUCACAGGGAAGAUGUGGCGCGAGUCAUGCAGGGCUCACAGGGAAGAUGUGGCGUGA